CCGCGGCGUGCGCGGUGAAUCCGGUUUGCUGGAGGGAAUUUUCAACACAUUUAUGAGCUAAAAUGCAUUUUACGCAGGAGUUAGAGCUUUUCCCUGGCAAAAAAGUUACUCAGUUACUUUUUAAAGAAGUAAAAAAUGCGGCAGUGCUGCGAAAAAGCGCCGUGGAGGGGAAAAUAAACGGCGCACUCAUCAACCCCACCAUGCUGGUGAGUCCUUUUCAAGUGCUGGUAGCUGCGAACAAGGCCGUUCAUUUACAGACCAUUGAGAAGAUGAAGACAAGAUCACUGUACUCGGAGAUCAUUUUCAACCUCUCGCCUACAAAUAAUAUCUCCGAGGCUUUUAAAAGGUUCGGGAUCUCCGAUGGAGAUGACUCCGUCAUGGUCGUUGUGGUUCACGACAAAGACGAGUCACAGCUCCUGUCAGACAUCACAUCCAAGGUGGAGGGACGGCAAGUUCCAGUGGAAGAUGUUUCCUCACUGUCAGACGCUGCAAAGAUCAAAAAGCUGUAUAAAGUCACUCCUGCAGAGGAGACAUGUGGGACCCUGCUUGACGCAGUAAUAUGCAGAAUGGCGAUCAAAGAUGUCCUGUAAUUUCUCAGAAAUGAAAACUUUUGUUAUGUGACAUAAAGGGUUUUUCAUAUUAAAUCCAUUCCAAGCAAAUAUUUUCAUUACUCAGUAGAAACGUUAAUCUGUGUCUGCUCUGGAUUGAUUCAUGCUUAACUUACACUGAACUCCCUCUUUCUCAACAAAA